AUGGUGGUGAGAAGGAACCAGGGGCACAAUGACGCUCUCCACAGAGCAAUGCUGCCCAGCUGGAGUAGGCCCUGGGAACAGUGGCCAUGGGAGGCAGAGUACUGCAGGUCUCACCCUGUAUCCUGGACUUCUGUUCUGCUCAUGCUGCUAGUCCACCUCACAGGUUGUAGUCCUCAGCCUAUGCUUCAUCAGCCACCAUCAGUCUCUUCUUCCCUUGGAACCACCAUCCGCCUCACCUGCACCCUGAGCAGGAACCAUAACAUCAAUGUUUACAGCAUUUCCUGGUACCAGAAGAGGCCAGGCCACCCUCCAAGGUUCCUCCUGAGCUACUUCUCACACUCUGACAAGAAACAGGGCCCCAACAUCCCCCCUCGCUUCUCUGGAUCCAAAGAUGUUGCUAGGAACCAGGGUUAUCUGCGCAUCUCUGGGCUGCAGCCUGAGGACGAGGCUGUAUAUUACUGUGCUGCGGGGCUCCCGAGCCAGGAGAAAGAGAAAGGGAUGGUGAGGGAGAUGGGAGGAGAAAAGUAG